AUGUCCUAUACUGAAGAGAGGAGACCACAGAUCACCUCUACUGAUGAGAGAGAGAUACGACCCGACUUUGAAAAUGCGAUUCUCUGCAGCGCCAAGAAAGGUGUACUGAAAGAACUUACCUCCAGCUGUAAUGACCUGAUGACAUCAACUUCAAGACCCAGGAGAACUAGCAUUUUCUACAAGUUGGGUAACGCACCUGGGAAUGUGACGAGCUUGAUUGCUCAUGUACUCACUCGACGCCUUUCGCACUAUCGAGCAAGCCAACUGCUUCUUCAACAAGAAAACCCCACAUAUUCCAUCAGUAAUCAUAAGGAGUUGCGUCAUGACAUGUUGAGCGUAUAUCAAGUCCAAGUACUUUCCGCCAGGGCAGAGCUUCGUCCGGAUAAACACAGCGUAGAGCUGGUCGGAGGUCCGCAGCACAAAGGCGAUAUCUGGUCCCGAACGAAACAGAUUUGGGUAGUAAAAGACGCUGCCACGGAGCCGUCCUUUCAGGAGCCAUGCUUGCAGUGCACCUCUAAAAAAUCCUCUAUGUCAGUGCUGAAAUGCCCACUGAAUUCAAAGCCUUUAGUGUUGUCUGCGAGAGCAGGCCACAUUUGCCUUUCAGUACGUGCAUGUGAACAUGAACUUCUUCCUCAGGCUGGUGAUGAGCCUAAGGAAACGCGACAAAAUAAAGUUUUUCCACGACUAGAUACGGGUCACUAUAAUAUCCGCGUAUUCUUGCCAGCAAUGUGCACCACCAUCACUCAGAAAUUCCUCUCCGUCGAUAGUUUCUGGGAUGGUGUACCGGUGGCGCACGAGGAAAGUUUUGUAAUAAGGCAUUAUGGCGUAAAGUUCAUCUUAUGGUCUCUAGUAGCCUGGACUAUCCCCAAUUUAUGGCGGAUCCAUAUCUGGAAUGACUACGAGGACGGAUUUGUUCCAUGCAAGCAUGCAAGGUGGUCGAACCCUGACUCAUUCGGUGUUUUUGUGAUGGCCAAUAGUUUGACUGGAAACGAUGUCCACUGUUCUUCUUGGUCAUCCCAUCACGAGAGUCAAGAUAUAGGGCAGAGAGUUGUCAACGGAUUGAUUGCGAUCUCGGGAGUCUCGGUAGAAAAAAUGGCAGGCAAGGCUGUGGGCGGAACAGGGAUCACUGGAGUUUUCACACGAUAA